UGCUCCGCGUUUCUGAAAACAAUCUGUUUGCUCGACGACCAACAUGUUCCCUCGUUCCCCAUCGACGCGAUACUCCUCGCAGUCCUAAGGACCUCGCCAAAUAAUUGUAGCGACGAUUCCCGUGAGACACGCACGCGGAUAAGAAAAACACGUCCGAGAUAUACGUGUUUUGUGAAUUCUGUCGACGAGGGGCAGCGUUGACGCGCAUGUCCUCGUGGAGCUCGUUGGGGUGUACGGGAAUUGGGGAGAAACAUUUGCGACCGCUGUAAGCCGCGUCUCGCAGCCUCGACCUCGACGAGUGUUUACCAACGGCGAGGAUGAGUUCGGGCUUCAUAUCGGAGGCCGAGAUCGCCGAGCAGCGGCGAAUGCGGCAGGAGGAGUGGGAGCGCGUACGGACCGCCGAUCAGCCUUUAGAGGCGCCGGAGGAAACCUACGAUCCCAGGUCCUUGUACGAGAGGCUACAGGAGCAGAAGAACAAGAGGGACAUCGAAUAUGAGGAGGCUCAUAAGCUGAAAAAUAUGAUCAAGGGAUUGGAUGACGACGAAGUAGAGUUUUUGGACUUGGUCGACAGAACGAAGAUGGAGGAGGAGCGUAAGAAGAACCUGGAGGAAGAGAAGGAAAUGCGCGACUUUAAAGCCGCGGUUGCUUCUCUCCAAGAGCAGAAGCUGAGCGAAAAGUUGAAACAGGAAUUGAAGAACCCGCCUGUCAGCAGCAAAAACACCGCCUGCGGAAGCCGCACCUCGCAGCUGAAGUUACCCGUGGGCGUCGUACUGAAACGAUCCGACAAGCAAAAACCAGGUGAGGCACUCAAAGGCAUAAAGAGGAAACUGUCCCCAACCGAGGACGACGCCGAUUCUAGUAAGAAGAAAGAACCGCCUGCGUCUUGCAAGCCGGCGGCGGAUACCUCGCUCCCUAGUCCCGAGUCGAAUAAGCAGAACGACAAGGCUAUACCAAAUCAAGUGGACACCAGUAACGAAUAUGCCGGGCUGAAAUGUAUCGGUAUACUGCCUGGUCUCGGCACGUACGACAACUCGAGCGACAGCGAUUGCAGCUCCGACACGGACCAGGAGACUGAGCCAAAUCCCUCCGUAUACGAUAUGCUAGGUCGAAAAAUUAAAGCGUUGAAAGAGAAGGAGAAGAGCUGAGCGAUACGUGUAAAUACAUGCGUAUGCACACAUGCCUGUAUGAAUGUAUGAUAUGUGUAUGGCGAGGUAACGAAUGUAGAAGAGAAUUAUUAUUAUAUACCGCGACUAGCUGCGUUCGAGACAGAUCACAUUUGGAUAUAUAUUAUAUAUAUAUACUGUCUGGCGCAUCCAGCGAGACUAUAACCGCCUAAUCUUAAUAUAUAUAGUUUCUGCAAUUUUAAUCCCUUAUCAACUCGAAGGUUCCGCGAUCAAAGUGUAUCGGUCUUUAUUAUAUGUAUUGUGAUUAUUUAUUCUGUCGGUUUCACAUGUACUGUACAUAAUGUACGAUUCAAAUGUGGCGCAAUAGAAAGAGAGAAAGAAAGAGAGAGAGAUUGGUGCAAGAUGUACUGGAAUAUAUUUGAUUUGUCAAUCAAAUAAAUAAUUGCGAAGUAAUAACAAGG